AUGAAGUAUGUAAUUUCUUUUUCAAAGUUUUUGUUAAUUAUAGUUAUAAUAAUUCAACAAAUAUUAUUUUCAUAUAACAUUAUGAUUAACAAAAUACUUUUAUUAAUAAUAGACAUAAUUUUAAUUAUUGUGUUAGUUUAUUUUCUUAUGAGAUCUGUUAAUAAUAUGCAAAUGUAUAUUAUAUAUAUAUAUAGCAUUGUAACGAAAAUAACAGUAAUAUUUUUUAUAUCAUUUCCUAAAUACAUAAGUGAUAAUAAACCAGAAUAUAAUUCUUCUGAUUAUUACAAUAAAUUCUCACAGAAAAUUGUAAUAGUUACAAUAGCUAUAUUAAUUACAAUAGUAGUUUAUUUACUUCUAUGCUAUAUUAAACAUUCUAAUUUAUUAAAUAUUCAUACUAUUAAUACUGAAAAUAUUUUAUUUUUUAUCAUUAUUACUCAUGUAUCAAUAGAUUUAAUAGAUAUUUCAGAAUUUUUUUUUUCUUCGUAUUUUUUUUUUUUGUUGCAUUAUUUUAGAUUAAAAGAAGAAAUUUCUUUGUUUAAAGAAAAGAAAUUAUUAUUGGAUUCUUCUAUAAAUGAAAAUGUAAUAAUAGAUUUUUAUAAUUUUACAUUAAAUGAAAAUGAAGUUAUUUUCAUUAUAUUCGGAGUUUUAAUUUCUUUAAAUAUAUCAGUACAUGCUUAUUCUCUACCUAACUAUUCAUAUGAAAAAAAAACAAAAAGAGGAAAUCAAGAUAAAAAUCAGAAAUUAAAAAAUAGUAGUAACAAUAUAACUAUAUCUCAUUUUCUUAAUAAAAAAACGAAGCAAAAUAAUGAGAAGAAUCAUUUUAAUAUGUUAUUUCUAGGAGAUACCUCUAGCAAAUGUUAUAAUAUAGGGCAUUACAUAAAUCAAAGAGACAUUUAUUAUAAUAAAAAAAUAGAUAACAAUAAAUGUAAUUUCCAUUUUGAGGUUAAAUCAAAAUUUCAUUCAAAAAUAGCAGGGGAUGCUAUGUCUUGUCUAAAAUAUAUAAGUAUAUAUAGUUUUAUAUUAACUGAUAUUUCCUUUCUUUUAUCUAGAUUAUUUAUCUACUUUGUUUUUUCUAGCAAUACAUCUUCUAUUUUUUUUUUAAUUAAAAAUAUGUGCUUUAUUAUUAUUCAUGGAUCAAGAAUAUUUAGAAAAUCCAAAUAUCACCACUCUAGAAAGAGGAAAAAAAAAAAAAAAGAAGAAAUAGAAGAUAUGCAUAAUUACAAAAAUGAAAAUAUAGAUUUUUUUUUUCCAAGUAACAGUAAUUAUUAUUUAAACAAAAGUUCCUAUAACAUAAAUUCCUUUACUAAAAGCUAUUCAUCCAUUGAUACAAUAAUUCUAAAUGAAAUAAACAAAAAGCAUUACAAUAGAAUUACUGAAUUAAAUUAUGAUAAAAUAAAAGGUUAUUUUUAUUUGUUAUAUUUAAGAUAUAAUGGAAUAAAUUUUAAAAGAUAUAUGCCCUGCUAUGUUGAAAAUAUUGAAAAAUAUUCCACUAAAUGCUUUAUCAUAUUUCUUUUCUUUUUUUUAAUAAUAGCUGUGAAAAUUACUAUCCUUGUAAUAACAUAUACUUUUAAUUUCGAUGAUGAAUUUAGAAAAUAUCUAUAUGAACUUACAUUUCUUUAUAAAUUGAGUAUUGUUAGAUCUUGUUUAAUACUAAAAAUUAAUUUAAUUAUUAUUUCCUCAUAUUGUAUUUCUGUUUUUCUUAUUUAUUUAAUAUUAUGUUCAUUUUUUGAUGCUAUUUUUAUGUCUAUAUUUUAUUUUUUUAAUUUGUUAUCCUAUUUAUUUACUUUAAUUAUUUUUUCUCAAUAUAAACCCACUUAUGAUAUUUUCAGUUAUUUUAACAAAAGCAAAAAUAUUAUUAUGACGCUUCUUGUUUUCGCUUAUUUAGUAUAUUUAUUUUUAGGCGAUGCAUAUAUAUUUAUAUAUAUGUUACUUGGAAGAAAAUACACUACAUAUAAAUAUAGUAUAAAUAUAAAAAAAAAAAAUAGAAAAAGUGUAAAUAAUGGAAAUGAAGAAAUGCUCGUAUCUAUAUCUGUUAUAUCAUCAUUAAUUGUUAAACUAAUUAAAUAUAUGAAAGGACCAUUAAUAUUAAAUAAAGUUAUUAUAGGAAAUAAUUUUAUAAAAAAUACGAGAUUAGAUAAUUUUUUAUUUUUUUGUCAUAUUAAAGAGAUAGCUACUAAAUUGAUUUUAUAUUUCUCAUGCUUUUUUUUAAUAUUUCAUGAUAAUAAUAUAAACUAUUCUUUUGUUUUUAAAAUUUUCUUCAUUAAUUUGUCUUUAUCUAUUCUCUAUUUAAUUUUAUCAAAGAUAAAUAGAAAUGUUGUGAUUAAUUAUAUUUUCACUAAAGCUAUCUUUGCAGAAUUACAAGAAGAAGAUGACUUUAAUUAUUCCUUGAAUAAUAAAAAGAAGUAUAAACAAUUUUCCUAUGAUCAUUUAAUUCUUUUCGAUAACUGCCUAAAUUUUUUUUGA